GCCCCAGCACCCGCCCCUGGUUUGAGACAGCCCACUGCCCCGUGGUACCCGAGAAGGCUCCGCACAGGCACCAACCACUGCCCAGCAUUGCCCCGUGCUGCCUGAGAAGGAUUGGCACGGGCAUCAACCACUGACCCCAACUGCCCCAUGCUGCCUGAGAAGGCUCUGCACGGCCACCCCCGACUGCCCCGCACUGUGCCCACCCGGGCAGCCAUGCAAGCGGCUGGAACUCUGCUGGCCUUCUGCUGCCUGGUCGUGAGCACCACCGGGGGCCAUUCCCCAGAUACUUGUUCCCAGGACAUUAUCUCAGGUGUGAAUCCAGGAUUUCCUAAAACAAUAAAGACCAACGACCCAGGAGUCCUCCAAGCAGCCAGACACAGUGUUGAGAAGUUCAACAAUUGCACGAACGACAUGUUCUUGUUCAAGGAGUCCCGCAUUACAAGGGCCCUAGUUCAGAUAGUGAAAGGCCUGAAAUACAUGCUUGAGGUGGAAAUUGGCAGAACUACCUGCAAGAAAAACCAGCACCCGCGUCUGGACGACUGUGACUUCCAAACCAACCAAACAUUAAAGCGGGUAAAGCAGCAGGCCCUUCUCUCAGAUGCGCCCUCUCUUCCCCAGCCCACCCCCUCCCAGGCUGUGAAAAACACCCUGUCACCAUUUCUCUAACACAGCACUCCAAACCUCACCCCUGAGGAAGCCAGGCCUUCCAGACUCCCGCAUGACCAAGGAUCCGGGAGAACAGGAGGUAGAGCCUGUGCCAGGAGGUCCUCAGACGACAUCCUCCCGUCCUAGAGGCGGAGACACAGCUUGGGAAGAGCGUCCUGGGGUGCGGGUGGAAAGGGUUAGAGUAAGAAAAGCUUUCAAACAAUCCAGAAAUUAUAUAUAUAUAUCAUAUACAUGUAUAUGAUAUAUAUGAUAGAUAUCAUAUAUAGCAUAUCUCUGCAGAGAGAGUAAGAGAAAGGAAACAUGGCAACAUUCAGCAAUUAUAGAGGUGA